GCCUUUGAGUCAUGUCAGCUGAGGGAGGAACUUCGACAACAGAAAAAUCAACCAGGAAACAGAGGCUGCCAAACUGAUCCACCGUCUCGGUCUGACGGAUAAACGGCGGCGUUAACAACAGGCAUCACACAACACAUUAGUACAGGAUUUAUAUUUUGUAAUUAGGUUUGAUACACAGCAGCAACAUGGCUUCCCUGUUCAAGAAGAAGACUGUCGACGAUAUAAUCAAGGAGCAGAAUAAGGAGCUGCGCGGCACACAGAGGCAGAUCACCAGAGACAGAACAGCGCUGGAGAAACAAGAGAAACAACUGGAAGCAGAGAUCAAGAAAAUGGCAAAGAGCGGUAACAGGGAGGCUUGUAAGAUUCUCGCCAAGCAAUUAGUUCAGCUGAGGAAGCAGAAGACCCGGACGUACGCUGUCAGCUCCAAGGUCACAUCCAUGUCUACGCAGACAAAGCUCAUGAACUCCCAAAUGAAGAUGGCCGGUGCCAUGUCUACCUCAGCCAAGACAAUGCAAGCAGUGAAUAAAAAGAUGGAUCCACAGAAGACACUGAAAACCAUGCAGGACUUCCAGAAGGAGAACAUGAAGAUGGGCAUGACCGAGGACAUGAUCAACGACACUUUGGAUGAGAUCUUUGAAGAAUCUGGAGAUGAAGAGGAAUCUCAGGACAUUGUCAACCAGGUUCUGGAUGAGAUUGGCAUUGAGAUCUCAGGGAAGAUGGUGAAAGCUCCAGCUGCAGGAAAGAGUGUCCCCGGUGCUGCUGCCGCCUCCAAAGCCACCAUCUCUGACGACGAGAUUGAAAGACAGCUCCGAGCUCUGGGAGUCGACUAGGUUUCGUCUUCGUAUUAAUGUUCAAAUUGUUAGAAACACUGGUUUUGUCAUGGUUCGAGCGUACACACUCACACACUUACACGCACACACACAUACACACACGUUUAUUAACACAUACAUAUUGUCACAUUCGCCUUAGAGAUCAUUAUGGCAGAACAUGUGAUCUAUUUAUGUGAAAAUAAUAUUUAUUACAACAUCGGAGAGGCCACAUCUCAAAGGUGGAACAGCAGUUGAUGUUUCACCGGAAAAACAACUAACGCUGUUGUUUACCACCCAUCUGUCUUUAAAAGGGCUACAAGUGUAUGAGAUCUUGGAAUUGGCUUUUCCCUUCUGGUGUUUUGGUCAAUCUUGAAUUAGUCCUAUAAUCUCUGUCUGCUUUUAUACGAUUGAAGAAGGAUGGUCUUUCUUCAGGAAGUUUUAAUGAAUAAAACAUGGUAAUUAAAAAGCAGCUUUGGGGAUGUCAAUAAACAAAUGGAACUUGUAUUUUUUCCAACUCAGACUAUUUAUGUGCUAUCUUUGUUGCCAUUGGUAAAAUUAAAACCAAUUUAAUCCA